AUGGAAAGUGGAACGUCGUCGUCGUCGGCCGCCGCGGCUUUGGUAGUUUCCCCGUUGACGGAUGAGGAGCUGACGCUGACGGUGAAGUGGAACGGGAAAGAGUACACCGUCAGGGUGUGCGGCCAGGACACUGUUGGGGAACUCAAGCUUCGAAUUUGCGAGGUCACAAAUGUGCUCCCAAAACGCCAGAAGCUUCUGUACCCUAAAUUGGCCUCCAAGCUCGCCGACGAUUCUCUUUUUCUCUCUCAGAUUCCACUCAGAGCCUCUCUCAAGAUGACCAUGAUUGGUACAGUUGAAGAUGAUUUAAUUUUGGACCCAGUGGAAUCCCCAGAAAUCAUUGAUGAUCUGGAGCUCGAGCAAGCUGAAUUCAUUGACAUUAAGGAUAAUGAAAUCUACCAAAAAAAAUUGAGAAGACGUAUUGACCUGUAUAAGAUUAAAAUCCGAAAUCCCUGUCGUAAAGGCAAAAAGCUGCUUGUUUUGGACAUUGAUUAUACCCUCUUUGACCACCGCUCUCCAGCUGAACAUCCUCGGGAACUAAUGCGUCCUUAUCUUCAUGAGUUCCUCUCGGCCGUCUAUGCUGAGUAUGAUAUCAUGAUAUGGUCUGCAACCAGCAUGAGGUGGGUUGAAAAGAAGAUGGAGGAGCUUGGAGUGUUGACUAAUCCUAACUACAAAAUAACUGCCCUUUUGGACCAUGCAGCCAUGAUCAGUGUCCAUUUAGAUACUCAUGGGGUCACCAAUUGUAAACCCCUUGGCAUGAUUUGGGCUCAUUUCCCCGAGUACUACAGUGCCAAGAACACCAUAAUGUUCGAUGAUUUGCGGAGGAAUUUCGUGAUGAACCCCCAGAAUGGCUUGACCAUAAAACCCUUCAGAAAAGCCCAUGUAAACCGAGAAACUGAUCAAGAACUUGUGAAGCUGACUCAGUAUCUGCUCACCAUAGCGGAGCUCCAGGAUCUUAGCUCCCUUGAUCACAAGAAGUGGGAAUCGUUUGGCAAUUCCAAGAGGCGUAGAGAAGAUUAA